AUAUUUAUACUAAGUAGAGGAUCUAUUAAAGAAAAACAAUGAAGCAACAAAUCGAAUUCAGUAUUUGAAACCCUAGAACUUUGAAAGAGUGAAAGGGGAAAACUUAAAUUAAUUCGACAGGAAGGAGGAGAGAGGAAGCUGAUGCUCGUCUGAAACUGGUGGAACUUGCUCUGUUUUGUUCGCCAUGGGUUCAAGGGUAAAAAAUCUAAAGAAUUUUGGGGAAUCAGUUUCUGUAAAAGACCCAGUUUUUGUAAAAGAUGCAAAUUCUGCAAAAGAUAAAGUGUUGGAGAGAAGUGUUUCUGGAAAUGGCAUAGUUACUUUAUUAGACAAAAACGAGGAGAAUAUCGAAAUUGAAAGGGGAUGCUGCAAUCUGCAAUUAUCAGUGGGUAUGAGCACAGAUGAACAGAAGCCACUCACUAACAGAGAACAAGAGCGAAAGAACAGAGAACAAGAGCUAAAGAAAAUGGCGGAAUCACUUGAAGCCAUACAAACUGAUCCUUGGCCCUGCCAUGAUGUUAGAAGUGAACCAGUGUUUGAGGUUCUAUCAGUGAAUCUUCGCAACAAAAGCAAUACCCUAUCACACAGCAGCAAUCAGUCAUGGGAGCUCUAUGGUAAUAUUGAUGUCUAUGAUGCUAGUGAACGUAGUAAUAGGUACAUUCUCUUUGAACGCACUGAGCAAGAUGAGCCAGAGCUUAUCCCUUUUGUUGGUGGUACCUUAAGUCUAACAGGGCCUGAUGAUAUAAUGUCAAUGGACAAACCAACUGUUCUUGUUAAUAUUUUGGAUAAAGUUUCAGGCAAAAACCUUAUCUUUGGGGCUGCUCCUUUGCUCAAGACAACUGAUAUAGUCAAACAGGAUCAUCAGUUUGAACAAUUUCGGAGCAUUACUCUAUCUGGUACUGGCUGUUCUGCUGAGGUGGAGUACUUGGCAUUGACUUUUGGUAUGUUUGCCCAAGUUGAGGUCAGACUUUUUAAGUCGCGAUUUGUGGGAAGUGAGAGCGAUGAAGAGGAAGAGGUAGAGGAAGGGGAAGGUGAAGAGCUUGAUGUAUAUGGGAAAAUUUCUGCUGAGUAUAAACUUUAUGGCUCUGAAAAGCAAGUCCAUAGCGUUACUCUUUUCGAGAUUAAGAAGGGUUCUAAUAAGCUUGGACAAGUAAUAUUGGGGUCUCCUAUUUCCCUGUCUAGAUCAGUGGUGGCUGUUCCUGCAUAUUCAACUCUCACAAUUUCUGUAGAAGUAUGGGAUGGUGCUAAGAAUGAAAUAGUUUUCGGGGGAAGUUGUGAGUUUGAAACUAAUAACCAUAGCAGGGAGCAAGACAUCAUUCGUGGUCCAGAUUGUUUACAUGCUCAAGUGUUUACUGAAUGGAGGGAACCAUUUAUGCUGGAUAAAUCAUAUAACAAAAUGGAUAGGUUGGGAUUGAACAAUGUACGUCACUUCUCAAUCCCGCCCAACCCAGGAGAGUUCACGGCACAUCGAGAAGUCGAGGUGUUCUCUAUAUUUAUAGGUCGGCCAAAUGAGCAGAAGUUAAGUCUCCAUGGCAUGGUUAACUUUUACGGCAGUUGGGGUCCGAUUAAUAUCUUUGAAAGGGACAAGAAUGAUCCCUAUAUAUUGUACCCUGGCUGCAACUUAUUACCUCUAAAAUUCCCCAAGUAUCUUCUCUCACCGGGGGACUUUUUUGGUAUAUCAGUAAACCUUGAAGAUGUUGAGGGUCAUGUGUCGAUCAAGGGAGACGUGGUGUCGAGUACUGCAUUGAAUUACCGUUUGAGUCCUUGGCAAGAUUGCCUCUUGUGUUCUGUUGUUAAAGGUGCAAAUCAUCAUUGCUUUGCAUCUGUUCAUUACACAGUCUUCUCGUUUGCAGUUCACUGUGUACUUAAAGUUGGUUUCCUUUUCAAGGAUCAUCAACAUUUUUCUGAUGCUGAUGCUGAUGCUGAUGCUGAUGCUGAUGCUUGUAGCAAACUUCAUGGGAGUAUCGUUGCUCGCUAUAAAAAGUAUGGUGACAAAACAUCUUAUGAAAGAUUAUAUUUCAGGAGUAUACUUUUUGAGAGGACUUUGGAAAAUCCUUUAGAAAAGACAUGUAAGGAUUUUGAGAUGGAGCUUUCGAAACCUGUGGUUGUUGUUCCGUAUGAUUCUUCCUUGUUUAUAGACGUAGAUUUGAGUUGCCGAUAUGGUGGUUAUACUCACCUUAUAAAUGGCACUAGAGAAUUUCAAAUUGGCAUUGGUGUUGGUGAUGGUGUAACAAUUGAGGGAGAUAAAGUUGGCAUCAAUAUCACUAUGGCAUGGAGCCGACCUAGAUUUGUUGCUUAAUUUAUAGUAUUAGUUUUGUUUCUCAUGUCGUUUGUAAUAACUUUCUUUGUACGAUGACUGUAGUAAUAUGAUAUUCUGACAUUGGGCUUGCUGACAUUUGGAGAAGGAUGUCAAGUGCAAAUGUUAGGGAAGACUAUGAAAAAGAGAUGGUGCCUCAACAAGCUGCUUGAUUGCUAUGGGUUGCUUUUGGACAGGAUGAAGUACAAUGACUAUCAUGCUAACUGCUCUAACUCCACCUAUUUUGGGUUUGUAUUAUAUAAAGCUACUAGGCUAAUUAUCUUUUCAGCCAUAGCUCUGUUUACUGGUUUUUGGAUGCUAGCUAUGGGCUGCUUUUGCUGCUUUGUAAGACUCUUAUGUUUGGGUUGUGAGGUUUUUAAUACCUCUUAAUAUAUUUCCUAUUUCUGCGUAAAAAAAAAGAA